GCAAACAACGGAGGUCAAGCUACAGGAAAGAUUAUACAAGGUAGACAAAAAUUAAUGGAGAUACUCGAUGGAAUGCGAAAACGCCUUAAGCGACGUAAUAUUUUCUUAGAUGAAGUCAGAAAAGCCUAUCUCAGCGAUCUUGUUGCCAGCAAUGCCCCUAUUAAAAAAAGAGCUUCUGCAAUUAAUUUGCAGCCAAUGCUGGCGCUCUACGCACCAUCAGAAUGUACCUAUGAGCUUAUUCACGGGGAGGGCAUUGACCAUGGUGGCCAUGUUGAAAUUAUCCACCGCGAAUCAAAACAUGUCGCAGACAUUUCAAAAAAGGUGAGGAAAUUACUAGAAGUUGAACAAAAGUCAAGGCUCAAGGCUGCGAAAUUAGAAGUGAGACUACAACAGGACCAGAAUGCACUGAAAAAUCAGCGGACAAUCUAUUGUGAUGAACGAGAGCAACUUUGUGCACAUGUAUCCAUGCUUAAAAAACGGCUCAAUUGCCUCGAUGAAAAUGCACUAAAGAACUCGCAACAAACUAUUAAGAGCCUACAAAAAAAAUUAGAAAUGUCGGAAGCUCAGGUUUGCGAUCUUGUCCCUCUUGCUAGAGACGCUGUUCGUAGUCGCCACGAAGCAAACCAGACUGGGAUCUUGGUUGUUGGAAAGGAUCGCCGUAUUGCUGAGCUUGAGUCUAGGCUUGAACGUUCGAACAGGGAGUUGGGGCGAGAACUUGAAAGAUACUCCGCCCUACAGAAAAAGAUAUGUGUUGAAAGUAGUCAGAAGCAGGCUUUACGGCAAAACUGUUCCGAGUUUGCGUUCAAACUAGACGAAGCGAAGACACAGUUGACCUCAGUCCGAAUCUCUCUGGACGAACACCGCAGAUCAGAGGUAGAACUAAGACAAAAGCUAAGUGACCUUCAAGUUGAAUACACGGAAGCAAUGCAACGUGAGGAAUCAGAGCACGAGGAGCUCCAGCGGCAGCUUGAAGCUGCUCGCUCCCAAGUAGAGUCAUUUAAUUAUGAAUUGGAGCAUGCAAAAGCGAUAAAUUGCCAGUCCGAGUUGAUCCACAACAAAGCACUGAAGGCGCGAAGUGAGAUUGAAGAAAAGUUGCGUUCCAAACAUCAACUUGAGGUGCAGCACUUAAAAGACGGACUACUGCUACUCCAAGAAAAGUUGAGCAAAACUGAUGCAAAGCUCAAGCUAGAGCAGGAGAAACGUGCUACCAUUGAAGCUGAGCUCAGUGAAUUGCGGAUCGAGGGACAGCAUCGCGGUCAAACUUUAGAUGAUAUGCUAGGCUGCAGCACCAAAAUUAACGAAAUAUUGGUGCUGAUGGGCCUUGAUGUGAGUGAAAUCUUAAAAAAAAAAAGCGGUGUGCCAGAUGGCCUAGAAAUUGUCAAAAGCAAUGUCACUGAACUCCUGACCACGAUGAAACAGCUAGAAUCAGAGAUUUGCCAUUUAACCACACAACUAGAUCAAUACCAGACAAAAUCUGAAGCUAGCUUAACUGGCGCAAACUUGAGCGCAAAGGCCGUACCUGAGGAGAUAAAUUCGAACUCAAACUUGAACCCAAGACUACUGCAAAAUAAAGAUUCCCUGCUCUUAAACGCAGACAAGUCAACCAUGGCUCAUCAAGCCCAACUACAGGCAAAAAAUAAGGAAACCUUGGAAGGUCUCGCGGCAGCACAAGCCGAAUUAAGUGAACUUGUUUCAGAAGAUAAAGAUACAAGAUAUUUUACCGCAAUUGCUCAAGCGCACCUGAGCAGAGUAAUGUGUGUUGAGCUUGAUUCUGGCCAUGAUUUUUCGCAUAAGUACGCUGGUGCGCUCACCGAGGUCCUACAAUUAACAAACCGUUUUAAAAAAAUCGAUGGCAUGGUGCUGCAACUUGGACAAAUUGACGUGCAAGCCAGAAAGAGGCCCCAUACUGCACACGAAGUGCAACUUUCACCAUCAGUUCUGAUGGCCAGUCCUGGGUGCGAAAGAGCCAUGUCGUCAAAUAACGAGACCGCUGAAUUGCAAAAAGCGCUCGUUUCAGCCGUGUCGCAGAUAUCAGAAGUGCUAUAUCGGCUCUUGGACUCAGAAAGAGGCCCUGAUAUUCCUAGUACAAGUGCAUUGGAGCUCGAAGGCAGCGAAAGAGUAGCCAGUCGUCUAGUAUCACUCACAGGAGAUCUCUCAUCAAAACUGGAACAAUUUUUAACGGAGCUGUCAACAUUGCGCGAAUUGGCGAACUCGCUUCCCGAAAACUUUUCAUACAGUGAAACGUUGACCAGAAUUGGCAUGUUGGAGCAAACCACCAAGGAAUUACGGGAGAAAGAAUCUGGUAGAAAGGAAGGACGUGAGGAGGAACUGCAGCGAUUGAAGCAGCGCAGUGCAUCACAGCAAAAUUUCAUAAUAGAGCUUCAAGAGGAAGUAACUAACAUGAAAAGUUUAAUGUUUGCAGCAGACGAACUGAAGCGACAGCAGGGCGAACUUGAAGAGAGAUAUCGGCUUUUAGAAAACGAAUUCACAGAGAAGGCUGAAAUCGAGGUUAGUUCACGGAAAGCCAGGGAGCGCGCAGAGAUGCAAUUGAAUCUCGCUCAAGCUGGAAUUGCUUCAUUGACACGUGAAAAGCAAGUUUUAACCGUUGCUUUGAAGACAAGAUCAGAAGAUAUCUCAAAAAUGGAGCUUAAACUUGAGCAGACACAACAGGCGUACGAGGAUAUGCUUCAAGGUGAACGCUUCCGACUAGAGACAAAUACAGACGUGGGGAUACAACACAGCCCACAUCUAGCCGAGGCUUGCGCACAAACUUCCUUUAAGACACCCACGAUGACUCUCAGGCACAUAAAUUCCUUUUACCAUGUGCCCCAUCGUAAACAAGGACCCGGAUCAGCUACCCCUGCUACUGACCCUGGGCUAUCCCCAAUCCACCCUUUUGCGGGCCAGGGGACCUCGAUGUAUCCAGAACACCAGAGCACCUCUCUUGUCUACUCCAGUGUACCCGGAUAA